AUGGCACCUUCAAUAAUGGCAGCGGCAAAGAAAGCAUCAACGGUAGUGGAUUUGACUCCAUCUCAUAAGAUUGCUGUCAACGUCAUCUGCAAGAAAGUCCCUGAUAGAACGGAGGAAUUUAAACGCAAAAUUCAAGUUCUGAGAAAGAUGCAGUUUGAUAAGAGACAGAAGAAACUUCAAGAAAGCGCUGAAUGUCAAAAAGUUGAAAAAAGUGAUGCUGCUCAGGUAGCUGUAUCGGAAAGUUUGAAUCAACUUCCUCUGAACGAGACUCACAAAGACUUGGUUAAACCUCCCACAAUUUCACAUAUCUUAACUUCCAUUUCUAGCUCUAGAACUAUCCAGAUGGAAGCCGACAGAAAAAGGAAAGCCUUAGAGACUUUCAGAAGGAAUCAGAGGAUUAAAGCAAUGUCCAAAUUGGAGGAUAGUAAAGGUAAGUCCUUAGAGACAUCAAAACUAUCUGAUGGCUAUCUCAAUACUAAACCCUAUAGCAUUCGUGAACAGCCAAAGUCGUCUCCUGAGAGCCCAAGAAGAAGACUGUCUUCAUCCACAAGAAGCUUGAGGGACCUUCGAGAACUAGGUAGUGAUUAUUCGUUAUUUUCUGGCUACUCUGGAGAAUAUUUAACCCGCUACCAGUAUCAGCCAGGUAUGAUUAUUCAAGCGACGCACUUCGAAAGAGACAUUGGCCAAGGCGAUGCAUGGGGUCCAAACUUAUCUAGAGCAAAAGACGGAACAGUAGUCUUCUCAAAAGGAAGAAAGUACGUAGUCUUGAAGGUUUACGAUGGCGAUCAUGCUACCGUAGUUCCAAUCCUAACACAUGGUGCAACAGGUCUCAAGAACAAACCCUGCAAGAACCACUACUUAUCCAUACGCGAGUAUGAUGAUCAUUACGCUGCUCCUGCCGAAAAUGACUUAUCUAUUCUUUGGGCUGAUUCCGUACGAAAGGAUGGAAGUCCAUACAAUAGAAUGAACGACAAGACAUUAGUUCAUUUUACUAACACCAGAGAGCACAAAUUCUGCUGGCCCGCGACCUUGAUGGGUCAUCUAUCACCGGAAUCCUAUGCUACGCUACUGCAAUUGCACGUCAAGGCUUUGUGUGGCAUGGAAAUUGGUGCAGAUCAAGCAGUCAGCCCAUCAAGAAUGAGUGGUAUUAGUCAUUCGUUUUGA